AUGAGCACCUCCGAGAGCGAAUCUUAUAAAAGCAUGGUUGCUGAAAGUGCUACUGCCCUCGUCGUCAUCGAAUUCUACGCGGAGUGGUGCGUUCCUUGCUGGACGAUUGAUGAUGAUCUUGGUAAGUUGAAGGAGCGCUACCCUUGUGUUCGCUUCCAUCGGAUUGACGUUGGCUCUAUUCAGUUUCAAGAGGCGUCAAAGGAGUGCAAAUUGAACGGGUUGCCAACCUUCGUUGUUUUCAAGGACGGAGAAGUGAAACAUACCGUCGUCGGUGCCGACAUCAAAUCACUUAAAGAAGCCAUUGAAUGUUUUCUAUAA